AAAAUGUCAUCGAUCGUGCGUAAAGUGAUCUCCACCAAGAAGUGCCCGAAAGCGCUCGCCCCGUACAACCAAGCCAUCGUGGCUGACCGCACCGUGUACUGUUCCGGUGUGCUUGGUAUGGAACUGGAUACGCUCAAGCUGGUACCGGGCGGUGCGGCCGCACAGACGGCAAAAGCGCUCGAACAUUUGACCAACCUGCUGGCCGAAGCGGGAUCCGGCAUUGAUAAGGUUGUCAAAACGACCGUGCUGCUGGGCGAUAUGAACGAUUACGCCACGGUAAAUGAGGAGUACAAGAAAGUGUUCAGCAGCGGUUUCCCGGCCCGAACCUGUUACGGAGGCGUCAAGUUGCCGCUCGGUGCUGCCGUCGAGAUAGAGGCCAUCGCGCUGACCGGUGCCGUGGUAAACAUUUCUGAAUGACUAGACUCGAAAAUG